UUAAAAUAUACAUAUCCACAAAAUAUAAAAUGAUAAUAUCAAAGCAGGACGAAUAUAUAGAUACUUUAAAUCUAUGACAUUUGUAAAGAAGUCGUGAUUCAAUAUGGAAGAUUCACUAUAAUUGGCACAUGUACUAAUAUGAUAUAUGUAUUUUUCGGAUGGUUAUUUCUAUUUCAUUUAGGUAGUAUAGGUGUAAAAGCAGCCUCUCCAGCGGCUCAACAAGAUGUUGAUUACGUGGUUACCAUAAUUAUUGCCUCCAUAGCAGGUGGAAUGGUUCUAAUGGUGAUUGUUAUUUUAAUUGUACGAUGUGUAUGUUUGAAGUGUAAAAAGACACCUGUCCGAAAUAUACGAGCACGUGGUCCACCAUCAUACGAAGACACCAGACGACCUUACAGACUUCCUGCUCCACCAGCGUAUUCACCACGAAACUAUGGUUAUCCAUCUCAUCCCCCACCAGCCUACGAAACACAUUUACCACUACCAGGUGUUACUGACUAAUUUUAUGUUCAACAAAUAUCCGUCAAUUUUUUACAAUUCACGAAGACAUUAUCAUAAAAGCCAAUUAAUACAUUCGGAUGAAACAACAUAAUUAAAAACUCUGCGAGUCUUUUUUGUUGUUGGUUAAAACCGUAUUAAAAUGAAAUGUAGAAAUAGA